AUGCGCACUAUCUGGCUUUCAGAAUUCGAGGCCGAGCGGUACCACGUCGUACUUUGUGGGGUAGCGCUUGGCGUGCUGUACCUCUUUUGGGAAUUUCGGGACCUGAGGGCGUUCGGCACUUCGCGUGCCAGAGAUGAUCUGUGGCGCAUCCCAAACAGUUAUCCUCUCAUUGGCAAUUUGUUCGACGCACUCAAGAAGAGAGGUACGUUGCGUCGCGCGAGGUUCGAGAUGCCCCUAUCUUGACACCGUCGGCCUUUCCCCAAUCCCUGCCCCUUCUGCCACCUCUUGAGGGCCUGAUCGGGGAAGCAGAGCGAAGCUUGGAGGUUAGUUGGACUAUGAAUCUUUUAUACUAUGUUGCGACGCGAUCAACGUACUGAACUUAACCUCUGACCCCAAACUCGCCGCAGAAACUCACGGACGGAGAAAAUGAGAAGCCCGCCCAUGCGCGAUACAAGCAUGUCACACUGACCGUGCCCUUUAUGCGCAUUAUCCGCCUCAAUCGGUGCGUGAAAGUUCUGUGUCUCUGCACACACACACACAUAUAUAUAUAUAUUCGGGCUGAUGUCAGGGUGAUUUUUGCCCUUGCUCCAAGGCCCGAACACGUGCAACACGUGCAAAAGGUGAGUGGAUUACAGAACAGCGCAGCGCGACGCACACGAGGCACUGAUCGACAGUCGUCCCCUUUGUUUGCAGACCAAUUUCGUCAACUAUGGCAAAGGCAAAAUAUUUCACGACAGCAGCAAGCAGUUGCUAGGGGACGGGAUUUUUGCAGUUGGUACGUUGUUUGCCCCAUGGGGUAUUUCUACGAGUGUCGGAAGCCGGCAACUUGGGGCUGACGAAGCUUUACGCGGGUUUGGCGUGCGACGCAGACGGACACCAGUGGCUUGUGCAGCGCAAGGCGACCAGCAAGAUCUUCAACGGUCAGUUUAUUCCGAGUCCUGCAAUCAUCAUGGGGUGCUGAGUCCGCUCCGAAUACCACAACAGGCAAAGCAUUUCGCCGCGUGAUUACCCAUUCGCUCGACCGCAACCUCAACUUGAUGGCCCAGAUACUGGACCGCUACGCCCAUACAGGAGAGACCUUUGACCUGGCGGGCUUGUUCUUCCUUUUACUCUCAACAGCUUCACCGAACUGGCUUUUGGGUGCGACAUCGGAGCCCUCAAAGCUGCCACAGACAAGCCGGUACCUUUUGCGGCGGCGUUCGAUUACGCCCAAGGGGUGGUCGAGUCGCGCUUCAUCAACCCCUUUUGGAAGGUUACCGAGGUCCUCACGGGGGAGGCACGCAAGAUGCGUGAGGCUGUUGCCAUAAUCGACAAAUUCACGUACGACCUCAUUGAGGAGCGAGCUCGAAACGGGCUGAACGGCGGCGCCGCCGCCGCCGACGGGGAGACCCGCAGCAAAUCGGGGAAGGAUCUGUUGUCGCUGUACAUGUCGAUUCGCGACGAGCAAGGAAAGCCGCUUUCGCGUACACAGCUUCGAGAUGCCGUAAUCAACCUCAUCAUCGCCGGGCGAGAUACCACUGCGCAGGCUUGCUCGUGGUCGAUGUUCCACCUCAUGCUCCACCCCGAGGUUGUCGACAGGAUUCGGGCCGAGGUCGAAGAGAUGGGCUCGAUCGACUACGACUCGUACCGGACGAUGACGCAGACGAACGCGGCUUUCAACGAGGCGCUUCGCUUACACCCUUCGGUCCCCAAGAACCUCUACGUCGCAUUUGGCGAUGAUCAGAUCCCGAAUGGCGGUCCGUCGAUCAAGAAGGGAGACACUGUGAUGUGGGUCGACUGGGCCACCGGCAGGGACACGCAGCUCUGGGGUCCAGAUGCCCGAGAAUUCAAACCGUCCCGCUGGAUUGACGAAUGUGGAGAGCUCAAGAGGGAAGACCAAUGGAAGUGAGUCGAAUAAAGCCUCUCUUGGGAUCAAUACCUUCGAUUUACUCAGGCAAUGGACCUCUCCCGGGAACAGAUACCACGUUUAUAACGGAGGCGCACGGGCUUGCCUCGGACAGGAUUUGGCCAGAUACGAAGGGGCAGGAAUGCUGGCCACGAUCCUUCGAGGUUUCGACGUUGAUUUCGCCCCAGGGUACUUGGACAAGGUUGCAAUGAUCGAGAACGAGCGCACGCCAAUGUACAAGACGUCGCUGACGCUGCCGAUGGUAAGACUCAGAGACUGCUUAACGACGCCAGGGCUUGAUCCGGAAGCUGACAUAUCCAGCCACAUAUCUACCAUCAUAGGCAUCCCCCUUGAUAGUGA